UGAUGUCACUGGCUCAGUCAGGCUCAGCAUCAUUGCUCUGAGCAGCCAGCAGAGCCAUUUUGGCUUCUGCAUUACAGACAACGUCAAGACUUCUCCUUUAAAAAGCCUCCUCCCGGAUCAAGCGGGCCUCGCCGGGCAUCUAGAUACCCCUUUCUCCCCCUUUCCCACGGACCUCCCUCUCCUUCGGGGGAUUGAGGACACAGGGGGUAUUCUUUGAUUUGUCCCAGAACUAGACCUCUGGGAACAAAUCAACAGAUCUACAGUGUAUUAAAGAGCUCAGGAGACAAAUACAGCACUGUAAAGGUGUGUCUGUUGGUGUAGAUAGUUGGAGCCAUAAGGAGGCACCAUGGCGGGGGCCUCUGUGAAGGUGGCUGUGCGGGUUCGCCCCUUCAACUCGCGGGAGAUGAGCAAAGAGAGCAAGUGCAUCAUCCAGAUGUCAGGGAACACAACCACUAUCAUCAACCCCAAAGUACCCAAAGAAACCAAGAGCUUCAAUUUUGAUUACUCUUACUGGUCACAUACCUCGCCAGAAGACAUCAACUAUGCGGCUCAGCAGCAGGUCUACAGGGACAUUGGUGAGGAGAUGCUGCUCCAUGCCUUUGAGGGCUACAACGUGUGCAUUUUUGCAUACGGCCAGACUGGUGCUGGCAAAUCAUAUACCAUGAUGGGCAAACAAGAAAAAGGGCAGCAAGGAAUAAUCCCACUGUUGUGUGAAGAUCUUUUUACCAAGAUUAAUGACAGCAAUACUGACAACAGCAUGUCUUACUCUGUAGAGGUGAGCUAUAUGGAGAUUUACUGUGAACGUGUGCGGGACUUGCUGAACCCCAAAAACAAAGGAAACCUGCGAGUGAGAGAGCACCCACUGUUAGGCCCAUACGUGGAAGAUCUAUCCAAACUUGCUGUCACGUCCUACAAUGACAUUCAAGACCUGAUGGACUCAGGAAAUAAAGCCAGGACUGUGGCUGCCACCAACAUGAACGAAACAAGCAGUCGCUCUCAUGCGGUCUUCAACAUCAUCUUCACACAGAGGAGGCAUGACUCUGAGACAGACAACACAUCUGAGAAGGUCAGCAAAAUCAGUCUGGUGGAUUUAGCUGGCAGUGAAAGAGCUGACUCCACUGGAGCCAAAGGCACUCGGCUCAAGGAGGGAGCAAACAUAAACAAAUCCCUUACCACAUUAGGAAAAGUCAUUUCAGCACUGGCGGAGGUGGAUUCUGGAUCAAACAAGAACAAGAAGAAAAAGAAGGUGGAAAGUUUUAUUCCAUACAGAGAUUCUGUUCUGACAUGGCUACUCCGAGAAAAUUUAGGUGGAAAUUCUCGCACUGCCAUGGUUGCGGCUCUCAGUCCUGCAGAUAUCAACUAUGACGAGACUCUCAGCACGCUCAGGUAUGCAGACAGAGCCAAGCAGAUCCGCUGUAACGCUGUCAUUAACGAGGAUCCCAACAACCGGCUGGUGCGUGAGCUGAAGGAUGAGGUGUCACGCCUGAAAGAGCUUCUCUACGCCCAGGGCUUGGGUGACAUCAUUGAAACAUAUCGGGGUCCAGUUGAUGACAAUGCUGGUUUGGGUUUGAAAUACUUUUCUGAUUGCAAGAACAAUAACAAUACUGGCCAAGCUGUCAAUGAAAGGGGUGAUCUCUCCGCAGUGACCAAUGCCAUGACAGGGAUGAGUCCCUCUCCCUCUCUUUCCGCCCUGUCCAGUCGGGCUGGAUCCAUUAGCAGUCUGCAUGACCGCAUCAUGUUCAGCCCUGGGAGUGAAGAGGCCAUUGAACGGCUCAAGGAAACAGAAAAAAUCAUUGCCGAGCUCAAUGAAACAUGGGAGGAGAAGCUUCGACGUACCGAGGCUAUCAGGAUGGACAGAGAGGCCCUACUUGCUGAGAUGGGUGUAGCCAUGAGGGAAGAUGGAGGCACUGUCGGUGUCUUUUCACCCAAAAAGACUCCUCAUCUGGUGAACUUGAAUGAAGAUCCUUUGAUGUCCGAGUGUCUCCUUUACUACAUUAAAGAUGGAAUCACCAGGGUAGGAAGAGAGGAUGCAAUGACAAGGCAGGACAUUGUCCUCAGUGGGCACUUCAUAAAAGAUGAGCACUGCAUUUUCACUAGCAGCGCAGGACCUAUGGGAGAAGUCAUUCUGGAGCCGUGUGAAGGAGCUGAGACCUAUGUCAACGGGAAGAAAGUGACAGAGCCUACUGUCCUUAGAUCAGGGAACCGCAUCAUCAUGGGAAAGAGCCAUGUGUUCCGCUUCAACCACCCAGAGCAGGCAAGACAGGAGCGCGAGAGGACUCCAUGUGCCGAGACUCCGGCUGAGCCUGUGGACUGGGCCUUUGCUCAGAGAGAACUGCUAGAGAAACAGGGCAUCGACAUGAAACAGGAGAUGGACCAAAGACUUCAGGAGCUGGAGGACCAGUACCGCAAAGAGAGGGAGGAGGCCAAUAAUCUUCUUGAGCAGCAGAGACUAGAUUAUGAGAGCAAGUUGGAAGCCCUGCAAAAGCAGGUUGAUCGUUACUAUCCUGAAGCAGCAGAGGAAGACGAUGAACCUGAGGAGGAAGUGCAAUGGACUGAGAGAGAGACUGAGUUGGCGAUGUGGGCUUUCAGAAAGUGGAGAUGUUACCAGUUUACCUCUCUUAGAGACCUUCUCUGGGGCAAUGCUAUCUUCCUCAAAGAGGCCAAUGCCAUUAGUGUGGAGCUCAAAAAGAAGGUGCAGUUUCAGUUUGUGUUGCUGACCGACACGCUGUACUCUCCGCUUCCUCCUGACCUACUGCCUUCUGAUGUGAAUAAAGAGCGUGAGAAAAGCCCAUUUCCCCGCACCAUAGUUGCUGUGGAGGUGCAGGACCAGAAAAAUGGAGCUACACAUUACUGGACACUGGAGAAGCUCAGGCAGCGUUUGGACCUGAUGAGAGAGAUGUAUGACCGAGCUGCAGAGGUUCCCAGUGGUGCCACAGAGGAGUGUGACAGUGUGCUGACGGGAGGAGACCCUUUCUACGACCGUUUCCCUUGGUUCCGCCUAGUUGGGAGCAACCUCCUAUUCACCUCAUGCCUUAGUGAGCAAGCGAAAGACCCCAUCGCCUCCCCGACCCACUCUGACCCCACCGAGACCACUGAACCUACCGAACUCAUCCAGUCACGGCGCUGCGGGGGGCUCGGGGCAGAGCUGGAGGACAUCACAGAUGAGCUCUUGUCGGAUGACCUGUGUUCUGAGUUUGGCGAUGAAGAUGAUGACGUUUAUAAGGAAGACGAGAAGGGGCUUUGCAGAAACUCUGACGAGGCGGAGGACCCAUUUUAUGAGCGUGCUCCUUUGUUCAGUGUAGUGGGAAGGGCCUUUGUGUAUCUGAGCAAUCUGCUGUAUCCUGUGCCCCUGGUACAUCGAGUAGCCAUUGUCAGUGAAAAGGGAGAGGUCAAGGGUUUCCUGCGUGUUGCAGUGCAGGCGAUAUCAGGCUCUCUGGUUUUUCCUCCAGCUGAUGAGGAGGCACCUGAUUAUGGCUCAGGUGUGAGGCAGUCCGGAACAGCCAAGAUCUCCUUUGAGGACCAGCAGUUUGAGAAGUUCCAGUCCGAGUCCUGCCCAGCCGGUCUCUCCCGCACUGGACUUUCCCAGGAGGAGCUUCGGAUUGUGGAGGGCGAAGGACAGAAUGCAGAGAUGGUGCCAUCUGCUGAUGAGGUCAACAACAACACAUGUGCAGCUGACCCAGAAGAUGACAGCACCUUGAAAGAUGGUGUUCUGGAUGGUGCUUUGGACCACCUGAAGAUUGGAGAGCUCUUUACAUUCAGAGUCACUGUGCUUCAAGCGUCUAGCAUCUCUGCUGAGUAUGCAGACAUCUUCUGCCAGUUUAAUUUUAUUCACCGGCAUGAUGAGGCGUUUUCCACAGAGCCACUGAAAAACACUGGACGUGGUCCACCACUGGGCUUCUAUCAUGUGCAAAAUAUUGCAGUAGAGGUCACAAAGUCUUUUGUGGAGUACAUAAAGACCCAGCCUAUCGUAUUUGAAGUGUUUGGUCACUAUCAGAAACAGCCGUUCCCUCCACUGUGCAAGGACCUAAUCAGCCCAUUACGUCCAUGCAGAAGACAGUUCCCAAGAGUCAUGCCUCUAUCUAAACCAGCUGCAGACAGCGAUGCCCCAUCAGAUCGUGAGAAGACCCUGGAGCUGAUUCGUUUCCUGGUGCCCGACGUAUUCAACGGGGCUUUGGUGGACUCCCUCUCAGGGCAUGCCCUCAAUGCAGCGGGGGUCGCAGCUUCCUUUCUUCUAGAGGGGGAGGGGCAAGCCCAGCUGACAGCCCCACCUCUCUCUAUCUGUUCAGUAAUUAAAGCUCAGAAGCCGGUACCUGCUACUAAGCUGACGACCCUCACACGACCCACAGCCGGGCCCUGCCACUGCAAAUACGACUUAAUGGUAUUCUUUGAGAUCUGUGAGCUGGAAGCCAAUGGAGACUACAUCCCUGCUGUAGUUGACCACAGAGGUGGAAUGCCCUGUCAUGGCACUUUCCUGUUGCACCAGGGGAUUCAAAGAAGAGUGACAGUGACUAUAGUGCACGAGACAGGGGGUGACAUUCAUUGGAAAGAGGUUCGAGAGCUGGUUGUAGGCCGCAUACGAAACACACCAGAAGCAGAUGAGACCAUCAUUGACCCCAAUAUUCUGUCCCUUAACAUCUUGUCUGCUGGAUACAUCCAGCCAUCUCCAGAUGACAGGCAGUUUCUUGAUUCGGACAUGCCUAGGACAUUCUACCGCUUUGAAGCUGCCUGGGAUUCAUCCAUGCACAACUCACUCCUGCUGAACCGAGUGACUCCAUAUGGGGAGAAAAUCUAUAUGACUUUGUCUGCUUACCUGGAGAUGGAGAAUUGCACACAGCCUACAGUAAUAACCAAAGACUUCUGCAUGGUGUUCUAUUCCCGAGAUGCGAAGCUCUCAGCCUCACGCUCCAUCAGGAACCUGUUCAGCAGCGGGAGCCUGAGGCCGUCCGAAGGAAACCGAAUUACUGGAGUGUAUGAGCUCAGUCUGUGUCACCUGGCAGAUGCAGGCAGCCCAGGGAUGCAGCGGAGACGUAGGCGGGUGUUAGACACAUCUGUGGCAUAUGUGCGAGGGGAGGAGAAUUUGGCUGGAUGGAGGCCUCGCAGUGACAGCCUCAUCCUGGACCAUCAGUGGGAGCUGGAGAAGCUCAGCCUCCUGCAGGAGGUGGAGAAAACCAGGCACUACCUCCUCCUGAAGGAGAAGCUAGAGUCCACCCUGCUGCUGGGCCAGGAGGUGCCGCUGUCCUGUGUGUGUGAAGAUCUGACCGAGUCCUCCUCCCCCUCCAAACAUCUGGGGCAGGGUCACGACCCUGACGCUGACCCCGGGCAUGAAAUAACCAAUGAGAGGCAGCGCAAGCUUGCAGCCAAGUGUUUGCGUUUGCUUACCCACACCUUCAACAGAGACUAUAGUCAUGUGUGUGUGAGUGCCAGUGAGAGCAAGCUGAGUGAGAUGUCUGUAACACUGAUGAGAGAUUCUACCUCUAUCUCUGACAUCAACACAAUCACACCCUCCUCCACCUGCCCCUCAUUGGUGGAGGGAUGCUACAGUAACACUGGGCUCAGACCCCCAGCACCUCGAUCCCGUGCUGUGAGCCCCAGCCGAGGCUCUACAUCUGACGGAGAGGGAAAGAAGUCCCCCAGUGGAGCUCCAGAGUCCAAAUCAAGGACCCACACAUUUGUCCCUGACAUUCAGGAGAUCCGUGUCAGCCCAAUAGUUUCGAAAAAGGGCUAUCUGCACUUCCUGGAGCCGCACACUAAUGGCUGGGUGAAACGCUAUGUGGUGGUGCGCCGGCCGUAUGUCUACAUCUACAAUUCAGAGAGAGACACAGUGGAGAGAGCCAUCCUUAACCUGUCUUCUGCACAAGUGGAGUACAGUGAGGACCAGCAGGCCAUGCUGAAGACUCCCUAUACAUUCGCUGUGUGCACAGAGCAUCGUGGAAUACUUCUGCAAGCCGGCAAUGACAAAGAGAUGCAUGACUGGCUGUAUGCCUUUAACCCACUCCUUGCUGGCUCCAUCAGGUCCAAACUGUCAAGAAGAAGAGCAGCACAGAUGAGGCUUUGAGAAAACAAGGUCAACAGAGCCCACAAACAAAGACUGUCCCUGUAAAUAGAGUCCUCUGUUCCUGUACCCGGUCCAGUCUCUAACGUUCGCCACACUCCCCCCUUCCUGUGUGUACCUGCACUCACCCUAUCUAGCACUAAGCACCUGUGUACUUAAGGCUCACCAUGCUGUGUGUCUACCAGGACCUGGAUGUUCAACCCAUAACCCUCCUAAGAAUCUAAGGCCACUAUGUUUUGGAUCACUGUAGUAAUGGAGAUUAGAAGCAUUUGCUUAGCUUCAUUUUAGAUGCUUAUAUAAUCUCACAAAAAAGCUCCAGCACUCCACAAUGGAAAGAAAAACAAUCAUGACACUUCCAGAUAAAAAAGUAAAAAACCAUUUUAACCAGACUUAUUAAGAUAAAUAACAAAAAGUAAAGUCGAUGGUCAAUAUAGAAAUGUCUCAGUCACAUGAACUCACUCUGUUAUUCUUUACAGUUGAAUCUGGUCAGUAUUUAAGUCAGUCAGUAGUAACUUGAUUAUCAGCCUGACAUUUCAGCUUCACUGACACCUGUUAAGGAGGCUGUAUCCUAAAUGAUCCUACUAAAUAGUAUGUCAAAAUAGCAUGCUAUACUGUUUUACAUACUGUACAGAAUGGUAGUAUGCAGUUUGGACUUCUUAGCCAGAUUCUUCCCAGUUCAGCUCUAGUGCCGGUCUUCAUAGAAGUUUAUAUAAGAUAAUAUGACAGAAAAAGGCCCUGCAAUGAGAUACAUCAAACUUUGCUCCUGAUGUUUUCUCAUAGCUGUGUGUAAAAAAAAAAAAAAAGAAGCAAAAAACAAAGAAGAGAUGGACAGUUGUGUGUG